CACUCUAUGUUGACGUGUGCACUGUUCUCCUACAUCCAUGGUACGCUGUAGAGAUCUGUCUUGUUAGCAAAUAAUCCGCUAGCUGGACACACUUCUUGAUAGUGGAUGGUUUAGGAAAAGCACUGACAUCUGACAAACACAUACACUUUUAAUAAUGGCGGCUGACUGGGAAGAAAUCCGACGGCUUGCUGCUGAUUUUCAGAGAGCACAGUUUGCUGACACAGUGCAAAGGCUGUCUGAGAGGAAUUGUAUUGAGAUUAUUGCAAAACUGGUCCAAGACAAGAAGCUGGAUGUGGUGCACACACUGGAUGGAAAGGAGUACAUAACGCCGGCCCAGAUCAGCAGGGAGAUCCGAGAUGAGCUCUACGUCCAUGGAGGGCGAAUCAACAUCGUUGACCUCCAGCAGAUUCUCAACGUGGAUUGGGUCCAUGUUGAAAACAGAGCGAGUGACAUUGCGAAAUCUGAUAAAGGGGUUCAACUUGUUCUGGGACAACUUAUUAAUGACACGUACCUGGACCGAUUGGCUGAGGAGGUGAAUGACAAGCUGCAGGAAGCUGGCCUCAUCAGUAUUGCAGAACUAUGUAAGAUUUACGACCUCCCGGGAGAUUUCUUAUCUGAGAGUGGCAACAUGGGAGCCUCAAAACAACUCUCAGAUGACCUGAAAACAAAGACUGUUCAACAUCAUGGUUUAGGGGAAGGAUACAGAAAGCUGUCUCAGAGAUUUAAGCUCUCAGUUUCAACUGUGAGGAUCAUUGUGAGGAAUUGGAAGACCAGAGGUAUAGAUGCCAAGAAGGACUGGGUGGACCUCUCCCCAGCAAACGGCUAUCUAGAGUUUGAUGCGUUGGUCAGACUGGGGAUCCCGGACCCCUCCAGCUACAUCAAGAAGCGCUUCAAGUCCAACAAGCUUCUGUUCCUCCGAGCCGCCUGCGUGGGUCAGGCUCUGGUGGACCAGGUGGAGGCCUCUAUUGAGGAAGCUGUCAACUCCGCCACAUGGACCGACAUUCAGCCGAUUCUGCCCAGCUGCCUGUCACUGGAGGACAUUGGGAUGCUGAUCAGCCAGGCUAUGAGAAACACCAACGUCCAGUCCUCCGCCAGAGUGCUGGGAGACACGGUCGUCGUCAGCGAGAAGUUCCUCAGCAACUGCCUCUCUUUAUUUGAUGAAGCCAUGCAGCAGAAAGCUCAGAAGGAAGUCAAGAACAAUCCAGUGUUUCUGAUAACUGAAGACGACCUGAAGCAAGCAUCCAUGCUGACGGAGAGCUCAGCAACUUCUAAAAAGGAAAAGAGAGAAGCAGAGCGAAGGAAGAAGGCUACAGAGGGCAGUGGCAGUGUGAAAUCAGGUGGAGGAGGCAACGCCCGAGAGAUCAGGAUUCGUAAAACCAAGAAGAAAGGGAGGAAAGAUGAGGACAGCGAUGAGGAAACCGGCCCGUCACAGCAAAAUCGCAGUAAACAGACUGCAGCCCCUUUUAUGGCCCAGGAAGAGAUCGUAGCCGUUUUAGAGGACAGAGUGAGCGACUGCCCCGAAGAAAUCCUCUCGGAGCUGGCCGAGCAUUUAGUGAGGCCUCUUAAUAACGCCUACCAGGAGGUGCUGCGGACGGUGUUCAUGUCCUCCACCUGCUCUCCAUCAAGGGCCAACAAGAAGAAGAGCAUGAAGGACCUACAGGAGGAGAUCUCCAGCCUGUACAACAACAUCCGACUCUUUGAAAAGGGCUGCAAGUUCUUCUCUGAUGAUACCCAGGUCCACAUUGCGAAGCACAUCCUGAAGACCCUGUGCUCAGAUGUCACCAACAUCCUGGUCAACUUCCUGGCUGCUGACCUGAUGAUGUCAGUGGAGAACCCCAGCACCAUCACCAACGAGGUCAGAGUGAAGAUUUUGGGCAAACUGUCGGAGGAGACUAAAGGGCCUCUCAUGAAGCUGCACAACUGCCUGAACGGCAAAACUAUCGAAGACUUCCUGACCAACAUAGAGAUCUGUGCAGAGGUGUGUGGCUUCAUGCUGAAGAAGGCGGACAAGAAAAAAGAGAGACAGGCCCUGUUCGUGCACCGUCAGGCUCUCAGUGAGCAGCUGAAGGAGACGGAGGACCCUGCUCUGGUGCUCCACCUGGCCAGCGUGCUGCUGUUUCAGGGCAGCACCCACAGCAUGCUGCACGCUCCGGGACGCUGCGUGCCUCAGAUCAUCGGCACGCUCACCGGCCGAAUACCCGCGGAGCAGCAGCAGCUGCUGUCUGCGUACCAGAGCCUGGUGGUGAAGCAGCUGGUGAGCCAGAGUCAGAGCAGGAAGCAGGAGGAGGCGGCGGGCGAGGCCGAGGGCGAGGCGGAGCAGGACGACGAGGCCCGGAGCGUCCGCACACAGCUCGCGGCCCUGACUCCACAGGUCAAGGACCUGAUACUGUCCCAGAAGAAGGCGUCUGUCACAGAGGACUGAACCCAUUUCAAAGAUUAGAGGAAUAAAUGUUGGAACUGAGGGGAGAUUAACAGGGUUUCCCCCACAAAAGUUCUUUAGCCCGGUGGCAAGUGUCUUUUUUUGACAAGGGCCCGGCUGGGGCCAGUCCCAGACUGAUGGCAGCAUUAAUGUAGAGUCCAAUAGUUUCAGUGAUAACAGAAUCGUGGACAGAAUCACAAAAUUAAGAAUUUAAAAAAGCUAUAGGACUGACUCCAUAGGGCCCUACAUUAAGUGAGUGCUAAAAGCUAACUGGAGAUUUGAAAAAAUAUGACUACGUCUAAGUUUACAACCGAGCCACCCUACUGUAACUGUAGUUUAAAAAAUGUCUUAAAAAUACAUGAAUAAUUCCCAGUAGCUUAGCCCCGGUGGGGGGGGAACUUAGGCCCGGUGGGCCAACAGGCCUGUAAUACACUGGGGGGGGGAACCCUAAUUAAUCUUUUUAUGGUCUUAGCAGGGUUAGAAGUAUUCAGAUGAAUACUUCUAACCCUGCUAGAUCAGCUGGCAGUACUGUGAUGUAUCCAUGUGGACAUCAUUCUAAAUUAUUAAAGGAAAUUCCUGUGUGGGAUGUCUCCCUGUAAACCCAAUUAACAUGAAAGUCCUCAAUGAGGUUCUGAUUUUAAUGCGUUCAUUAAAGCUCUUCUCUUCCUCA